CAAGUCGUACUCCCCCCAGCACACACCCAUCGGACUAGGCUACUCCAUAUCCAUUCCAUCAUCUUUUCUCUCUCUGGGUGACUGUGCAGUGAUGGUUCUAUGUUGCUGUUAGGAAUGGAAGGAUACAAGGCGAUAUUGGCACUCACAGAGGCCGCGCCUCCGACGAGAGGACUCGCCCAUCCUUUGCAUGAGAUCUCUGUUCGCGGGAUCGUUGAGGUUACGAGCGACAGCAGCCCCGUUCUGGCGUUGUUGUUCCGUUUGCAUAGGCCCAGCUGUACCAGAGGUGGACGCGCCGGUGGUACGACUCGCACUAGUAUUGGCUUGUUGAGCAGCGUCACUGGUGUCACCAGUGUUACUCGCAGUGGAGUUGUUAUUGCCGCUGGACAUUCUCGGAUCGUUGGGUUGCGAGGGCCAGCACACACUGAAGCAAUGAAUUGGAUGGUUAAAAGGACUGAUAGAUGCUUCGGGAGGGCGUUUACCUUGCAUGGCAUUUUCUCCUGUAUUUAUUUAGUAUGCCGCUUCUUAUCUUCCGUAACAACGCCUCACUCCCACUUGCAUCAGGCGCAGUACAAACGCAUGGUACGAACGCUUAUUGGCCUGUCCCGCUGGUCUUCCGAGGGCUGUAUAAUAACCGGUGAGUAUUCGCAAGGCAACAUGCUGCUCAGCAACAACGCGGACUGAUCCGGGCUCAGCACGUCGAAAGAAAGAAGCAGUAUAC